CGGCGAGUCGUCGGGGCAGAAACAGACCGCCGCCCCCUCCGUUAAGCAGGGCGAGGUGGUUGCUCAGGCAGCCGGGCUUAGAGUCUCCUGAAAGGGCACCAUGAUGGAUUGGUUGGUUGCCAGAGACCGGGAGAGGUGGUGGUCGGACUGGGUGCCACCGAUAUUAAAAUAGCGCGCCUGAAUUGGGGUACUGUGCACCUUCACAUGUGGGGCAAGUCUCGGGCAGCAAAGCCACCAGCAUCCGAAUAAAACGUGUAUGGGAGUGAACUGGCAGUGUCCUAAAAGCUGUAGGAUCCAGGAAGCUUUGUAUGGACAGGGCUGCGUUUUCAUAUUCUGCUGUAUCUGAAUAGUAACCGCUUGUCCUUGUUGGAAAUCCAUUUUCUUUGAGGUCUGUCCUCCAGCCAGAAACAGUCUCAUCUGGACAUUGCAAAACCUAUUACUGUUGAUAUUACCUGUCUCUAGAUUUGUACCUCACUCUUGAGAGACUGCAAGGUUUGCAUGAUGGAAGUUACAUUUACACAAGGGAGGCCACAUGUUUUGGAGGAGUACUGCUGACAUUUUCUGCAUCCUGCUGUGCCCUGGUGUGGUGGUCUUGACUUGAUUGCCUAAAGACAACAUAAAAUGGAUCUCAAGGAAAGCUGCCCAAGUGUUAGCAUCCCAAGUUCUGAUGAACACAGGGUGAAGAAAAAAAGAUUUACUGUGUACAAAGUUCUGGUUUCAGUUGGGACUAAUGAAUGGUUCGUCUUCAGGCGAUAUGCUGAGUUUGAUAAACUGUACAAUACACUAAGGAAACAAUUUCCCACUAUGAAUUUGAGGAUUCCAGCUAAAAGAAUAUUUGGAGAUAAUUUUGAUCCAGAUUUCAUUAAGCAGAGAAGAGCAGGCCUAAAUGAAUUCAUUCAGAAUUUAGUACGACAUCCAGAACUCUGCAAUCACCCAGAUGUCCGAUCAUUUCUUCAGAUGGAUAAUCCAAAGCACCAGUAUGAUCCAUCUGAAGAUGAGGAUGAAAGAAACAGUCAAAAGCAGCUAAUCUCUACCUCACAGAAUAUCAACCUGGGCCCAUCUGCAAAUCCUCAUGCCAAACCAACAGACUUCGAUUUCCUAAAAGUUAUUGGGAAAGGCAGCUUUGGCAAGGUUCUUCUUGCAAAACGAAAACUGGAUGGGAAGUUCUAUGCGGUUAAAGUGCUUCAGAAAAAAAUUGUUCUCAACAGGAAAGAGCAAAAACAUAUUAUGGCUGAACGCAAUGUGCUGUUGAAAAAUGUGAAACAUCCAUUUUUAGUUGGAUUGCAUUAUUCAUUCCAAACCACAGAGAAGCUUUACUUUGUACUGGAUUUUGUUAAUGGAGGGGAGCUCUUCUUUCAUUUGCAAAAAGAACGUUCCUUUCCUGAGCACAGAGCCAGGUUUUAUGCUGCUGAAAUAGCCAGUGCUUUGGGCUACCUCCACUCCAUAAAAAUUGUGUACAGAGAUUUGAAACCAGAAAACAUUCUUCUAGAUUCAGUGGGACAUGUUGUCUUAACAGAUUUUGGGCUUUGUAAAGAAGGAAUUGCUAUUUCAGACACCACAGCAACAUUUUGUGGGACACCAGAGUACCUGGCCCCAGAAGUGAUCAGAAAACAACCAUACGAUAACACAGUAGAUUGGUGGUGCCUUGGAGCUGUUCUCUAUGAAAUGCUAUAUGGUCUGCCUCCUUUUUACUGUCGUGAUGUUGCAGAGAUGUAUGAAAAUAUUCUUCACAAACCCCUACACUUAAGGCCAGGCAUCAGUCUUACUGCAUGGUCCAUUUUAGAAGAACUUUUGGAGAAAAACAGACAAAACAGACUUGGAGCUAAAGAAGACUUUCUUGAAAUUCAAAGGCAUCCUUUCUUUGAAUCUGUCAACUGGACUGACCUUGUACAAAAAAAGAUCCCACCACCUUUUAAUCCUAAUGUGUCUGGUCCAGAUGACAUCAGGAACUUUGAUGCAGCAUUUACAGAAGAGAAUGUACCCUAUUCAGUUUGCAUUUCUUCUGACUAUAAUAUUGUAAAUGCCAGUGUGCUUGAAGCAGAUGAUGCAUUCAUUGGAUUUUCUUAUGCACCACCUUCUGAAGACUUAUUUCACUAAGACUUCUGGAGAUAAGAAAUACAUCACAGAUCAUCUUUAAAUGGACUAAAAUGUUUUGAUUGUGAAUAGCUUUUCUUUGACAAUACGUGCAACUAGUGCCUCAUUUGAUAUGUUGAACAAACUUUAUCUGCUGUAAUUAUGAGGAAUGUGGGCAUUUUGGAUUACUUAGACUGUUACACCUUCUGCACAAAAAUAUUUUUAGAAUAAAUGUAUUUAGUUAACUUUCUUAAUCUUGAGACUUUUUCUAAGAAAAGACACUGACUGUUUCACUCCAGUUUACAUUAGCAUAUCCAUAUUGGCUGUCUCUAAUAGCAGCACGCUUUAACACAUUUAAAAGCCUUUAUAACUAUGUUGACUUUGUUCUUGAAAUGGCAUUAUGCAACUAUUUUUGUAUAUUAUUGUUUAAAAAAAGAUAAUCUUAUCCAGUACAGAUUUGAAGGCUAGUCAGUUUAUUGACAAUGCAUUCCUCUAACUUUCUAGAUAUGCCACCUAUAGUCAUGGUGGACACAGAAGUAUGGUUAAAGGACCAGUUUACUGAGAAAUAUGAUUCAUUCCUGUUGUAAAACCUAAAAAUAUACUCCCUAGGUUAGGCCAGGGUGGAACAAAUUAGCCUUAAAUAUUUCUUGAUAACAUGUCUCUUAUGACUGUAGUUUUGUUCCUCUUCUUGUAGAAGAAGCUACGUAAUGUUUUUUUCCCAAAGAAAUAGACGGAAAAAAAAAAACAUUUGUAGAAGGGAAAUUUACUUCUUGUAUUUAGAAAACUAAUGUAUUACAAUCUGAUUGUAUUAAAACUCUUACACUAUUGUGAUUGGGAUUUCAGUUAGUUUUUGCUUGAUAAAGAAAACUUUCCACAAACAGUUUGCAGAAAGACUGGCCAGAAUAGACAACUGUUGUGACAUAUCUAUGUAUGCUAAAUAAUGUUGUGAGAAUUUGUGGGUCUGAAAGGUUGGGGCAAAAUAAAGACUUCUCAAAGGAAUGAAAACAAAUUUACCAUCUGAAGCAC